AUGCGCUCUGCCAUCUCCCAUUUUGGCCUUCAGGCCCUACUAUUCUGCCUCGAGGGUGCUUCAGCUGAGUACCAGCUUGGCUGGAACCAUGCACCUGUCCAGAAGGACAAUGAAGCCGUUUCGAAAAACUUUGACAAGGUCGACGUUGAGCUUCUCUCGCCAGCCUUCCUCAACCCCGAGACCAUCCCCGACGGCUUCGCCAAUGGCACAGCAGGACCGACAAGUGAUGCCACGCUUGGUAGGCCUUCCGGCGGUCGCCAGCUUGACCUGCCAUCCUGGCUAACAUCUGUAGACUUCUUCAUUCGCAACCUCACUCUGCACAAUUCCUGGAUGAACUACCAAGUUGUCCCGUUCCUCUCAGAAGAGGGCCGCGCCUUUCCUCACCUCUUCCUAUCCACAUCGAUGGAUGCGUCGGCUGCCAACUCAUCGGACAAACUACGCGUGUACAUCCAGGGCGCCAUCCACGGCAACGAGCCUGCCGGUGACCAAGGCAUUCUUGCCCUCCUCGGCAAGCUGGACGCGAACCAGACGUGGGCCUCACAUUUGCUGGAGCGCCUCGACAUUCUCGUGCUGCCACGAUACAACCCCGAUGGCGUCGCGUACUUCCAGCGCGAGCUGGCCACCAACAUUGAUCCCAACCGAGAACACACCAAGCUCGUGCGGCAGCAGUCGCGCGACAUCAAGAGACUUGUUUCCAAGUUCAACGCUCAUGUCGUGAUUGAUAUGCACGAGUACACUGCGUCCAACGUUUUCGGCGGAGUCUACCGACACAGUUCAGACGUCCUCAUCGGUUCGGGUCGCAACUUGAACACACACCCCGCCAUCCGCAAUCUGACCGAAGAUCUGUUCUCCGCGGGCGCUGCCGAGCGACUUGAGGCUGCCGGAUUCCGGUCGAGCCCGUAUGUCACAGGGCCCGUCAACGAGACAGUCGGUUCGCCCAUCGUCUUCGAGGAGGCCGUCACCAGUCCCACCAGUGGCCGAAACGCCUACGGCCUGACGCAGGCCGUCGCUAUUCUGUGCGAGGCGCGCGGUCUCCGGCUGGCGGACCAGCACUUCCAACGUCGCACCGCCAGCUCGCUGACGAUGCUAGAAGCCCUCCUCGACAUUGCGCGCGACAAUGUCGAUGAUGUGCUCGCGACCAUGGAAGACAGCAUCGAUGACUUUAUCCACGGCAACGCCGACAUCGUCCUGUCCGACUACCAAGAGAGCACGAACCGCAGCUUCGCCCUCGUCGACACGCGCAACGGGUCCAUCGUCGACGUCCCCGUCGAAUUCCUCUCCUCGUCUCCGGCGACCGCGAACCUGACCCGCUCCCGCCCGGAGGCCUACCUCAUCCCACGCAACCGCGCCGACAUUGCCGACCGCCUCGCGCUCCAGGGCGUCGAGAUCGAGACGCUCGCCUUCGCGUACGCCGGCACCGUCGAGGCCUUCAACGUCACGUCGUCCCAGUUCGAGGCCGAGUCGUACGAGGCCCUCAUCCGGAACAGGGUGACGGUCGAGGCGAGCGACAAGGUCGUGCGUCUGCCCGCCGGCAGCUUCCGCGUCAGCACGAGGCAGAAGAAUGCGGCGCUCGCGUUCGUGGCGCUCGAGCCCGAGGUCGCCGAGAGUUUUGUGACGUUUGGGCUGAUUCACGUGGAGGCGGGGGAUGAGUAUCCCGUCUUCCGCGAGGUUGCGUCGUCCCGAACGUAA